AUGUUUCUAAAAUAAAAUAGGAUAUAGCUAAGCGCAAGGCUUCGUUAUAUUUUUUAUUAGCGAUCUUGUAAAGAACACAAAUUGCAUUCAGAGUGUAAAACACGGGGAGUCUCUAGCAGUACCAACAAGUUUCCUUAUAUCUAUGACCAACAGUUGGUCAGCUGAUCUGCGCAUUGACACACAUCGUUUGUGCGUAUUGCGUCAUGACGUAAACGCCCCUACCUUAGAUAGUUAAUUCAUCAUAAACCUCAUCUCCAGCUCAACAAAGUCAUUUUGAUCCCUACCCAAACCCUGAAAUGAGCUUUCUUGCUUCUCUGUUCUACCGUUUCUGCCGGAAUUUUACUUUUUGUUUGAUGGUGUUUAUUUUCAUUUUUGUUUUGGCUUUCCUGUUUGCUUUUGACUUAGAAUCCCACUUGCCCGACUACCAAAUAUUUUAGUGGCUAUUUGUCACAGCUAGGGCUGCCACCUGUCGAUCGUUGUGCGUUGUGCGUGGUCAGGCUGCCAACUUCACGCCGAUAAAUUGUGGAAUGAGAUAUAAGGGAAUAUGCGAACGACAUUGAGACGCAAGAAACUGCAGAUGCUGGGAUCUGGAACAAAAAACAAACGGCUGAAGAACCUAGAAACAAACUGCUCGAGGACAAAAAGGCAAACUGCUGGAGCCAUCCAUGGGAAACGGUCAUCAAAGCCGCUAUGCAAAAAUAUCCGAACCCCAUGAACCCCAAUGUGGUGGGAGUGGAUGUAUUGGAGAGAAAUCUCGAUACACGAGGGAGAUUGCAUAGCCAGCGUCUGCUUUGUACAGAGUGGGGAAUCCCUAGCAUUGUUAUGACUAUUCUGGGAACAAACAGGACCACAACGUAUAUUAAAGAAAAUUCUGUUGUUGAUCCAAUUGAACGCACUAUGGAACUCUGUUCUUCUAAUAUAACUCUUACUAAUUUGGUGUCAGUAGAUGAAAGACUGAUCUAUCGACCACAUCCUGAGAAUCCAGAAAAAACCAUUUUAACCCAAGAAGCUAUUAUUACUGUGAAAGGAGUUAUCUUAAGCAACUAUCUGGAAGGAUUAAUGGCCAACACCAUUUCUGCUAAUGCAGGGAAGGGCUGCAAAGCAAUGGAGUUUGUAAUAAGUAAGAUGAGACUGAAGAACUAGCAGCAUCUGACCAGGAGAGUAUGAAGUCACUGCUGGCUGUGGCACGGCUGAACACUUGACAGUUUAGCCCAUGGUUGUGCUACACUUUGACUUGUAUUCAGGAAACUCACUUAGUAACAUGUUCUGUAUUAUUUUAAAGUGAAUGUCGUGCUUUUUCUUGGCGGGGGGCGCGGGGGGGGGGGGGGAAUUAUAAGCUACAAAAUUGACUUUGAAUGUAUCAAAUAUUCAGAUCAUGAAAGUAAGCAGCCAGCUUGGAUGUGAGAUGCUGUGUUUGGGAUUAUUUAUAGAAAGAUAUGUGUUUGUAGUGUCCUUUACUUGACAAACAUCCAUUCAACAGCAGUCUGCAGAGGGAUGUCACUUGGUACAUGCACUUUUUAAACAAAGGGCCGUCUCCUGGAAAUAGAACCAGAGACAUUACACAAACAUAUGGACUUAAAAACUAUUUUGAUCAGCACUUGGUGCAUUGCAUUUGAUUUAUACUUGAAGGUGGAGUGGGUAGUGACAAUGCCUUACAGUGCUGAAUUAAUAAAACGUGUAGAUUUUGGAACAAUGUUACGAUCGCAUAAGUAAAAUGGAUUUUAUUUGUGUCAUUAACUUGGAAUUUGAUUGUGAAUUAUUCUUGGCAGAUCGUUGAAGCUUGGCCAGGGUAAAAUCCAUUGUGUCUUGGUGCUAAACUAGGAAGUAAUUUUGAUUGAAAGCAACUUAAGUAUAUUAUCUUUGACCAGUAAUUCAAUCACUUCAGCACAGAAUUCUUACUAUGAAAAUAUAAUGUGUUUUGGUGAAAGACACUCAUUUCAGUUCUGGAUUAAUUUCCUAUCAAGGUGGAAAAGUUGACAAUGUUUUGUUGAAAGAAUUGCUGUACCAAUCAGCUAUUGAUAUUCUUUAGCUUGUCAUGAAGACUACUUUUUGCAUAAUUGCUUCUCAUAUUAUUUUGUUUUAAUGCAAAUAUUUUAAAAAUAUUUAAGAUUGUCAUAAAUAUUUAUGGAUUUAAAUACGUGUUUAAAAUACAGGCUAUUUUCUGAAGAAGUUUGUGUUUUUCCCCCCCAAGAUUAUUAGGUGUUUAAAUACAAAUCACUCUUGCAUAUUCUUCAGAACACCAUACCAAUAUACAUUUUGCUCCAGAUUGCAGCGUCCAAGUUGCUCUAAAAUUAAUUGCACUGCUUCCUACAAAUAUAGGUGCAUAUGUGCAAGUAGCAAUCAUUGUUUAACUUCUGGCAUUAAAUCUACAUGCAUUCUG